CUUCUGCUCGAGAGCCGCCAUUUCGUCGCUCUCAACGUCUACAUCGCGCUCUCCUAUUAUAAGGCGAGAAUCCAUUCAGAAGUCUUUUAUUCUAACCGUUGUUUGCAUUCACAGCUCGAUUACUAUGACGUCUCUCAAGAAGUGCUGCAACUCUACGCGCAACAAUUGAGUCCUCUUUUCAUUGGUUUCUCUUAUUUGAAUCUUAUUUUCUUCCAACAGUUCCCGGAGAGCGCGACGGCAACCAAUCUCAAGGCUUGCAAUCACUACCGACUCUACAACGGAAAGGCGGCUGAGCAAGAGCUUCGGAACCUCAUUGACGCCAUUCCGCCCGCAUUCACGUACGCGCAGGACCUCAUUCGCCACAAUCUGGUCGUCUUUCGCGGCGGCGAAGGCGCCCUUCAAGUGCUGCCGCCUCUCGUCGACGUCCUGCCCGAAGCCAAACUGAACCUGGUCAUCUACCACCUCAAGAACGACAACGUCUCAGAAGCGAAUCGUCUCAUCAAAGACUUGGAUCCGUCGCUUCCUCACGAGUACGUCUUGACGGGAGUCGUGAACGCGGCCGUCGGACAGACGCAGGGAUCGCGCGAACACCUCAAGAUGGCGCAGCAGUACUUCCAGAUGGUGGGCGGCAGCGCCUCCGAGUGCGACACAAUUCCCGGGCGACAGUGUAUGGCCUCGUGUUUCUUCAUUCUGAAGCAGUUCGACGACGUGUUGCUGUACUUGAGUUCAAUCAAGAGCUACUUCUAUAACGACGACACUUUCAACUUCAACUUCGGACAGGCGAAGGCCGCGACCGCCAACUUCCGGGAGGCCGAAGAAGUACUGCUUCUCGUGCGUCAGGAGCGCCUCACCAACGACUACGUGUACGUCAGUUGGCUCGCGCGCUGCCUCAUAAUGAAUAAGAAGCCGCGCCAGGCGUGGGAACUCUACCUCAAGAGAGACAACUCCGCCGAAGCCUUUCAUUUGCUGCAACUCAUUGCCAACGACUGC